AUGCCAGUCAAGGCCAUACCGAAAGUCUCAAUAGCCCGUAACGGAGUCGGAGCAUACGUGCACCCAUGCAACAAGUUGACGCUACAAUAUUGCAAUUGGGGAGGUUCAUCCACCGGCCUCCGUCGAUUGUUGACUUCGGGUCGAUUAAACACGUUGGCUGCAUCUAAACCUCAAACAGUGUUUGAAAUAUUGAAGAGACUGGGCCACCCAAAGCUAAUAUUCCACUACAACAACCAGGACCGCACUGUCACGGAGGUGGAGAUUAAGAACUUGAAAGAACACGAAAUCCUUGCUAAAAUCGAUGAAUAUAUUCAACGUACUGGAAAUGAGUUGUUCAAAUGCAAUCAUAAGGUCAUUUCUCAAAAUGAUUCGGUUCGAGGUGUGUGGUCUCCAAUGCAUGAACCAAAGGGUCACAGAUAUAGCAUUUAG